CAUUGUGCCAGGAAGGGGCGUUAAGUCCGCCAUAUUGGAUAAGGAGUUUUGUUUUGAUUAAGAAAUCGUACAAAUCAUCCAGUAUUUGAAACCAUCCGGCACAAUUUAUAUACGAAAGUGGGUGUAUACAUCAAGAAGAAAUACUAAUAACCACCUUUCUGGCUAUUGUGAGACUACACAUCACAGACCAAGCGAUAUAGCCCCUCGGAGGCUUACAGGAAGUAGAAAUGGCAAAAGAUGACGAAUACGAUUAUUUGUUCAAGGUUGUCUUGAUCGGAGAUUCUGGUGUUGGUAAGAGUAACCUGUUAUCCAGAUUUACCAGAAAUGAAUUUAAUUUGGAGAGUAAAAGCACAAUAGGAGUAGAGUUUGCUACUAGGAGUAUUCAAGUUGAUGGUAAAACUAUCAAAGCUCAGAUCUGGGAUACUGCUGGCCAGGAAAGAUAUAGGGCUAUAACUAGUGCGUACUACAGAGGAGCAGUCGGAGCGUUAUUGGUGUAUGAUAUAGCCAAACAUUUAACAUAUGAAAAUGUGGAGCGAUGGUUGAAAGAGCUGCGUGACCAUGCAGAUAACAAUAUUGUGAUUAUGUUAGUUGGUAACAAAAGUGACUUGAGACAUCUGAGGGCAGUCCCAACAGAUGAGGCCAAGGCCUUUGCAGAAAAACAUAACUUGUCCUUUAUUGAGACAUCAGCCUUGGAUUCCACUAAUGUUGAAGCAGCCUUCCAAAACAUUCUAACAGAAAUUUAUAAGAUUGUAUCACAGAAACAGAUACGUGACAGUCCAGAUGAUGACAAUACGCUAAGCAAUGAUGUUAGAACAAUACAAGUAGCCCCGACAGAUAACUCGCAACCCAAAAAACAGUGUUGCUGAAGAAACUGGUGACCUUGAAUAUUUGACUGUAAGCGUGCACGAGAACUGAAAUACUGAUACGUUAUCAAAAGUCAUUGUAAGAGCAGUGGUGCAUUGAGGCAGAACAUUGGAAUUAUAUCACUAAGUGUAUUAAACGGACAUUUCGAAACCAUGUAAAGAACAACAGACUGUUCUGUGAUCAAGCUAAAUUAAUGAGCACAGUUUAAUUUAAUUUUAGCUCAUUUCUAUCUAAAAUUGCCCGUGGUUUAGCAAAACAAGUUGAUUGCAUGAUUGAGAAAAUAUUUGGUUGUCAUAUGGGUUGCAGUCCAUUCUCUUAUAAUAUUCACAUAGAAGUUGUCUUCAAUGCUUCUAUAAAUUAAAAUUUUCAAACAUUGUUACACCAUCAGUUAAUGAAAGUCACUUACAAAGGAAUUGAUCGUAGGCUAUGCUGGUAGGAUGAGAUGGACAGAAAUAUCAAAAUAUUUUAACUUAUAUGUAUUAAAUUUAUUGUACAAUUGCUGCAGCAGGAAACAAAAUGGUGUUUGAUAUCUUUUGUAUUCUGCUUGCAUGUGCUAUAAAUGUACCAGAGUUGCAGGAGCAACGAUUAUUUCAAAAACCCUGCAGAGAAAAGGCCAUUUGUUUAAUAUGUCAUCCAUGAAAGGAUUAUUUUUGCAUGUAGAUAAAUUAAAGUUUGCAGUUCCUUUUUUGAAAUGCUUAGUAAACUGCAUGUUCAGAUCAAGUGCAGGGAAUCUUUUCUUGGUUUUUGUACAGGAUUGGAAUUAUUUUGUAAAGCAGUGUACAGAAUAGAUAUGUUAAUCAUUACGGUUUCAUCAGUCGGAAUAACCAGCUUCUAAACAAACUCUGAUGAUCGAUGAAUGGGAUUUGGUUGUGUUGUAGUUGAUAAGGGGAGUUUGUAGGAACUGGCAUACUAAAUAUCCUUUUUCAUCCUCUCAAACCAUUACUUAUUGAUCCAUAUGUAACAUAGUAUGGGGGUUAAAGUCAGGCUUUUGUGAACUAUGUGUAAUACAUUAGAUCAUAUAAUAGCUUAUAACAUAAUGUAUAAAUUGUCUAAUAAAAGAACUCAUAUUGUAUUACAAGA